AUUAAAUAUCCAGACAUCAACACAAUGAGUGCAGAUCACUUUAGCGCAGCAGCAUAUUUAGAAGUAAAGAAGUUUGGUUUGGUUUGGUUUGGUUUUGUCCCGCGACUCCUCCACAACAGGCGGAGACUCCCGAGCAGGAAACAGCGUUUGAUCAUCCGCAAUCUUCUGUCUGAACUGAAGUGUCUAAAGUUUGCCGUCGAGCAGAUUCUGUGGACUCCAGCACACACCAGACUCUGCUCUCCUACAGCUUCAGGUCCAGCCAUCAUGCAAAGCAUUGUUCCCAGGAGCCAAACACCCGGCACAGACCUCUGUGGACUGAACAGCUGCUGUUUUAUAAUCCGCUCAGACCUCGGAUGCUACAUGCGCUGCAGGGAUUUCAGUCUGGGAUCCAAUCUGACUGUGUUCAGUCUGCACCCUGCCUGUAAAGAUGGAAACCACUACCUGGGUCAUGAGAACGGCUUCUUCUACAUCAUCAAGAAGAGCUCGUACCGCAGGGUGACGGACCUGACCACGGACAGCGGCUCUGCGGUGUACAGCCUGCACCCAAACUGCCAGGGCGGAGACCACUACCUGUCCACCUUCGGCACCUUCUACAUCAUCUUCCAAGACAAGGGCACUUACCGGAGAACCACAGACCUGCACACGGACGCGGAUGCCGAAGAGCGCGAGCUGCACCCCAGCUGUAGGAGUGGGGUGUAUUUCUGGGGUCUGCCGGAGCACUGCUGCCUCCUCACUGCAGACUCUCAGUGGGGCGUCCAGUUCCACACAACCCCUGAUCUCAGCACAGAGGAGCACCAGGAGUCCUCCGUCCACCCCGACGCCCUGAACUUUAUACCCGGCGGCCUGACCGUCACUAAAGGCCCAGUGUUCUCCAUCUGGGAGAACAUUGAGUCUGUAACGAACGACAGCAAAACGGCCGUGAGCUGGCAGAAGAAGCUGAAGAGGAGGAUUGGCUACGACAAGCAGAAGUUUUCUCAGAUCACACUCAACUGGAAGAUGUUCCCCGCGGACGAGUACCAGGACCUGCUGAUGCUCAUCCUGAAGAGGGAGCUCUGCUUUUCCAAAACAAUUUCUUAUUAUUACAAAACCGAAAACGACAGCUGGAGAGACGUGUCGGAGGUGGAGGAUCAGCUGACGUUCGAGCUGAAGCCGAGGGAGGGUCUGUAUGUGUGGCAGUACAAGCUGGGCUUUGGGCAGGACACGGUGUUGUUCUGCCGCGAUUUGAAGAUUGAAGCACACUCCCAUCGUCCUUCAAAUGCUCGAGACUGAGAAGAAGAUGAGCGGUUUACUGCGCUGAUUCAAGCCGUCUGAAGCUGUGUGCUGGUGUAAUGUGAGGGAGAGCUGGAUCUGUGAUGCAUUUAAAUGUAUGGUUCAGGUAAAUACAGUAAUAAUAACGCUUCAGGUGAUCACACACACACACACACACACAGAUCUGCAAGCAGUGCUUCACAUGUAGGCCAGGGUGUGCUCUGUGCUGUAGUCAGUAUAUCCACGGCUGCACGUGUUUCUACACAUUUAUACAGCAAAGAGCGUGUGUGCUUCACUGCUAAUGAUGAAUAAAGCUGCACGCUUUCUUUAA